AUGGGGUUUCUUACGCGACUUGGCCUUCGUCGCAGCAGCAUUUGGGAGCCGUACACUAUUCUAGACUAUCUGAUAUCGUCGCCGUUGAUUUACUUGAGCAUCAAAUUCUACUACUUCAUUCUCUUCCUUCGAGGAUGCCCAGUCCAAGCUCCCAAGGAUAAGCCUGCAGUCCGUCUCGUCUGUAUCGCUGACACCCACAGUCAGACCGUGGCAGUCCCAGAUGGCGAUAUCCUAAUCCACGCAGGAGACAUCACGCACGCCGGAACCGUUGCCGAACUCAACACUCAAUUUGACUGGCUUCGUUCCCAACCACAUCCAGUCAAAAUUGUCGUCGCCGGGAAUCACGACUACUGCUCGACUUUGCAAAAGGUUAAGGGGCGCAAGCUUCAUAUUUAUGGUGCGCCGUAUAUGCCCAAGGUUGAUGGCUACAGGUUCGAGUAUACUGAAGCCACUCAACCUUGGUCAGACAAAGUUCCGGUCGAGACAGAUAUCCUGGUCACUCAUUGUCCUCCGCAACACCACCGUGAUCUCUAUCAGGGAUGCCCGCACCUUCUGCGCGAAGUCUGGCGUGUCAAACCCUUGGUUCAUGUUUUCGGCCAUGCGCAUUGGUAUCAUGGCACUGAAGCUGUCCUUUUUGACAAAUUCCAAGAGUCCUAUGAGCGCUUGCUCUCUCAUCCCCGUCGCGGACUGAUCGAGGACUUAAUCCCUAGCCAGAAAUGGCUUGAUGUCCUCCUAUUCGUCUACUAUGGUAUCGACGGUGUUUUGUUGUCGUGGCUACGAACCAGUGCUGGUGGUGAUCGGGGAGCAUGA